AUGGAUCUGGAGGGUAAGGAUUCAUGGAAGACAGUGUUGACUUUGGCUUAUCAGAGCUUGGGAGUUGUUUAUGGAGAUUUGAGCACUUCCCCUUUAUAUGUUUACAAGAGCACUUUUGCAGAGGACAUUCACCAUUCAGAGACUAAUGAGGAGAUUUAUGGUGUUCUGUCGUUUGUGUUCUGGACACUCACACUCAUUCCUCUAGUGAAAUAUGUGUUUAUUGUGCUUAGAGCUGAUGACAAUGGUGAAGGUGGGACUUUUGCUUUGUAUUCGUUACUGUCUCGGCAUGCCCGAGUUAGCUCCUUGCCCAAUUGCCAGCUUGCAGAUGAGGAGCUAUCAGAGUACCACAAAGAUGGGAUUGUUGCAAGUAACAGCUCUUUCGGGUCGAGUUUGAAAUCGACAUUGGAGAAGCAUAAAGUGCUGCAGAAGGUGUUGCUUGUUCUGGCUUUGAUCGGGACUUGCAUGGUUAUUGGUGAUGGGGUGCUCACACCAGCAAUUUCUGUGUUUUCGGCUGUAUCAGGAUUGGAGCUUUCUAUGUCGAAAGAGCAGCACCGGUAUGUUGAAGUCCCGGUUGCUUGUGUCAUACUCAUAUUUCUAUUUGCCAUUCAACAUUAUGGGACCCACCGAGUAGGGUUCCUGUUUGCACCAGUUGUGAUUGUUUGGCUUCUGUGCAUCAGUUCCAUUGGAUUGUACAACAUAUUCCAUUGGAAUCCCCAUGUCUAUCAAGCACUCUCUCCAUACUACAUGUACAAAUUUCUUAAAAAGACCCGGAGAGGAGGUUGGAUGUCCUUGGGGGGUAUACUGUUGUGUAUCACAGGCUCAGAAGCAAUGUUUGCUGAUCUUGGGCACUUUUCACAGUUGUCAAUCCAGAUUGCUUUCACCUUUGUGGUUUAUCCAUCAUUGAUUCUUGCAUAUAUGGGCCAAGCCGCGUACCUCUCCAAGCAUCAUGUCAUAGAAACUGACUACCGCAUUGGAUUCUAUGAAUCAGUACCUGAGAAGAUAAGAUGGCCUGUUUUAGCUAUAGCCAUACUUGCUGCAGUGGUGGGAAGCCAAGCCAUCAUAACCGGAACUUUCUCCAUAAUCAAACAAUGUUCUGCUUUGGGUUGCUUUCCAAGGGUCAAAAUCAUUCACACGUCAUCUAAAAUUCAUGGUCAAAUUUACAUUCCAGAGAUAAACUGGACUUUAAUGUUUCUAACCUUGGCUGUUACCAUCGGCUUUAGAGACACAAAAUCCAUGGGCAAUGCGUCAGGUUUGGCUGUUAUAACUGUCAUGCUAGUCACUACCUGCCUCAUGUCCCUAGUCAUAGUCUUGUGCUGGCACAAAAAUAUCUUCCUCGCAAUUUGCUUCAUAUUAUUCUUUGGCUCCAUUGAGGCACUCUACUUCUCAGCAUCCCUUAUUAAGUUUCGCGAAGGGGCUUGGGUUCCCAUUGCUCUAUCAUUAAUCUUCUUAAUGGUCAUGUAUGUUUGGCACUAUGGUACGUUCAAGAAAUAUGAGUUCGAUGUCCAAAAUAAAGUCUCCAUCAACUGGCUUCUCAGUUUAGGUCCUACUCUAGGCAUUGUUCGUGUCCGGGGCAUUGGCCUUAUACAUACAGAGCUUGUUUCUGGGAUCCCGGCUAUUUUCUCCCACUUUGUUACUAACCUCCCAGCUUUCCACCAGGUAGUAGUGUUCCUCUGCAUCAAAUCUGUCCCAGUCCCACAUGUCAAACCUGAUGAAAGGUUCUUAGUGGGACGAGUUGGUCCAAGGGAGUACCGGCUGUAUAGAUGUAUAGCACGCUAUGGUUAUCGUGAUGUUCACAAGGAUGAUAUGGAGUUUGAAAAAGAUCUUAUUUGUAGUAUUGCAGAAUUCAUUCGGUCCGACAGACCAGAAUGUAGUGUCAAACCGGAAACAUUGGAAGAUGAUGAGAAGUUAACAGUUGUUGGGACUUCAUCAUCAAAUUUAGAUGGAGUGAGAUUGUCUGUCGAUGAGGCAGAUUUCUCGGAAAUAGCAAGCACCUCAGAGUUGAUAGAAAUAAGGCCUACUACAGAAAAGGUGAGGAAGAGGGUGAGGUUUGUGGUGCCAGAGACUCCACAAAUUGAUAGGGAUACAGUGGAUGAGUUGCAGGAACUGAUGGAAGCAAGGGAGGCAGGAAUGGCAUUUAUAUUAGGCCACUCAUAUGUGAAGGCAAAGAGAGGCUCGAGUUUGAUGAAGAAGCUAGUGAUCAAUUUUGGGUAUGACUUCUUGAGGAGAAAUUUUAGGGGACCGGCUUAUGCUUUAAGCAUUCCUCAUGCAUCUACUCUAGAGGUGGGGAUGGUCUACCAUGUUUAAUUCUCCUUACACGGUACAGCUUUGUGCUCAAUGCUCUCUUUUCUUUUUCUUAUAGUUUUGAUGUCAGUCAUAUUGUAUAUGAUAGAGAUCAUGGCAUUUCUGUGCUGCCUUUUGCAAUGUAAAUUCUGGAACUCUUAAGCAUGGAAGUGCUGAUGGUUCUGAGGUUUGCCUUUGAGAUUGUGUCAUAGUGAUGGCCCCGUUCAUAUCUUCCCAAGUAAAUAGAGGUAAACAUCAAUAAGAGAAUUGGGACAAUGUUUGCUGCAACAUUAUUAGGUAAAGCACAACUUGUUCCCUACUUUGUUUUUGGCUAGAGUGAUCUUUGAAGGGUGCGGGGUAGGGGUUGUUUGUAUGGUUAGCAAUGAUUAUAAACAAAGCUACCAAGACGUGAUAUUGAGUGCAACAUUU